AUGCCCGGAAAGAAGAUUCGAUGCGGUGCCAAGGAUUGCCGAGAGCCAGUCCAACGUAUCUUUGGCGACUGUGGCUUCUGCAAUGGUCACUUCUGUGGCAAGCAUCGCCUGUUAGAGGACCACAAGUGCAGUGGACUUGAGGACUGCAAGAAACAGUCACACGAGCGUAACGCUGCACAGUUGGAAUCGGAGAGGACGCAGGUCAUCCGUGGCGUUUAA